AUGUCCUCUCCGGUGUGGUUCAUCACAGGUGCCUCGAACGGCUUCGGCCUGAUCCUCUGCCUCCGAGCACUCCGGGCCAAGCACCAAGUCGUCGGCACCGUGCGCAACCGGUCCAAGGCCGCAGAUGCAGUCAAGCAGAUCGAGUCGGCGGGCGGCAGGGUCGUGGAGAUGGACCUGACCGUGUCGCAGGCCAGCAUCUUCGAGAAGGUCCAGGGGGUGGGCCAGAUUGACUACCUGGUGAAUAAUGCGGGCUACUCUGUCCUUGGUGCGCUCGAGCAGCAUGGCGAACAGGAAGCUCAACAUCAAGUACAGACCAACUUCUUCGGACCUGUGUUCGUGAUGCAGGCUGCGCUGCCGGGCAUGCGUCAGCGUAAAACAGGCACCAUCGUCAAUGUGACCAGUAUCGCCGCCAAAGAUCCAUUACCAGCCAGCGCGCUAUACGCCGGAACCAAAGCAGCUCUCGAGGCGACAUCAGAGUCCCUAGCCAAAGAGGUGGCCUCCUUCGGCAUCUCGGUGCUGAUUGUCGAGCCGGGUGCAUUCCGCACCAACUUCCUGACCGCGAUGCAGAAGUCCUCGGGGCCCCUGCCCGACGACUACAAGGACACGGCCGUGGGCCAGAGUCUGGCGAAAUUCGACCAGAUGAGCGGCAGGCAGGCCGGAGACCCGGUCAGAGGUGUUGAGCGCAUCUUUGAGGCCGUAACGGGCGAGGGCUUGGCCGGCCAGUUGAAGGGCAAGGUCUUGAGACUGGUGCUUGGGAGCGAUGCCCUGGAGCGCAUGAAGAACAGCAAUGCCAAGUUUGUGUCAGACUUCACGCUGGGGGAGACCGUUGCGUUGAGUACUGAUUUCUAG